AUGUGGCUAUCCCAGGUCCAAAUCCGGCUCUCAAGAACGCUCCCGCUGAAAUCCAUUCCGAAGUCGGCUCCAAAGGCGGUUUCAUCAGCGGCUCCAAAGGCAGUUUCAUCGGCGGCUUCCAAGGCGGUUCCAUCGGUGACUUCAACGGCGGCUUCCAAGGCAGUUCCAUCGGCGGCGUCAAAGGCGGGUGGUCCCAAAGCCAAUCGUGAAGCCGACUCCAAAGAUGGUCCCAAAGCCCGCGCCAAAGCCAGCUCCCAAGGUGGCCCCGAAACCAGUGACGAAGCCGGCUCCAAAGGUGGCGCCAAAGCCAGCUCCCAAGGUGGCCUCGAAACCAGUCACGAAGCCGGCUCCAAAGGUGGCGCCAAAGCCAGCUCCCAAGUUGGUAAAAACGGUGGCUUGACGGUUCUGAGCACAUGGGAUGGAGAUUAUCGUGAACGGUUUUUGGAUCAAUUGGCAAAUGGGCUUUCGCUGAGGAUUGGCUGA